CAGCUCUACUUCUGUGUAGUAAUGUCUCAUGUCUCACAUUCUUCUAACCUGCACUUACCAGCGUGAAGCCUUCUUUGUCCUGGAGUAUGCCAGUGGGAAAUCUUUAUGGCAAAUGAUUCUUCGUGACGGAAAUCUGCCAAUGUCGAGAAUCAUAUUCUACACAGCAGAGAUGGUGGUUGCCCUCCAGUUCCUGCAUUCUAAAGGAAUCAUUCAUCGUGAUCUGAAGCCGGACAACGUAUUGGUGGAUAAAGACGGCCACAUAAAGAUCUGCGACUUUGGCCUUGCAAAAGAGAACAUCACUGGCCAGAGGAAUAACUACGGCUUAGCAGGAACCCGUGGAUAUCGGGCACCAGAGGUUCUAUUACAGGAUGAGUACAAUGCAGCCGUGGAUUGGUGGUCUUUCGGGGUGAUAAUGUAUGAAAUGGCCACAGGUAAAUUGCCAUAUUCAACAUCAGGCAGCAUUCUAAAUCAGACCUAUGCGAUAAUGACGGAAACACCAGAUUACCCAUCUUAUAUGAGCGAGGAAAUGCUGGACCUCCUGUCUAAGCUUUUGGAGACUGAUGACACCAAACGAAUUGGACUGAAUGGGAACAUCAGGGAGCAUCCUUUCUACAGCACUAUCAACUGGGAUGAUCUGGAAAAUCGAAGACUGGAGACACCUUUUCAGCCAGGAAUGCCAUCUGCGGACGACUUCUAUGAAUUUCCACUACCAUUCUCCACUCAUAAUUGCAAUGGAAAGAAUUUAAAAGAUUUCUCAGAAGUUGAUCCCAACUGGAAUUGGCAGGAGUAAGGCAUGACCUCUGUUCUAACAUGGGAUACCAUCAUUAGUUGCUGCCUGUAACAACCUGAGGCCUUUAACAUCUGUGGCAAGCUGCACCCCUAAACAACCAAUCCACCUGCUGUACCAAACCUAAACCAUCUCCUGUGACUGUCACCUGGUUCUGCCAUCAAAGCCAGCACCAGACGGGAUCUCUGACUGUAGCUUCUAAAGGAUGGAAAGGUACAAUGGUGAGGUUACAUCUGGAAUGAAGAGAUUGCUAAACAUAACCAGGUUACCCCCACCCUCCCCCAAACAUCUGCCUCCCUCCUAUUCCCUUACCCGUGAUUAACCCCUUUCCUAAGUGGCCCACUCCAGUGGCAUAACUAUAAAGGAAGCAGACCCCAUGGCCGCGGGGGGCACGGAUCUACUUCCUUUAUACUGUCUCCUUCCUUAUCCCUGAUUUCCCUCUUUUCUAAUCACUAAACCACACCCCAAACUUCUGUCUCUCUCAUUUCCCCUACCCAUGAUUGACCCCUUUCCUAAGUGGGUCACACCAGCAGCAUAACUAUAAAGGAAGCAGAUCCCCUGGCCGCGGGGGGCCCAGGUCUACUUCCUCUAUACUGUCUCCUCCUACUCCCUUUCCUCUGAUUUCCCUCACUACACAACACCUCAAACAUCUGCCUUCCUCUUAUUCCCUUACCUGUGAUUAACCCCUUUCUUAAGCAGUGGUGUAACUAUGAAGGAAGCAGAACCCCUGGCCGCGGGGGGCCCAGGUCUACUUCCUCUAUACUUUCUCCCUUCUGCUCCCUUACCCUUGAUUUCCCUCCUUCCAGAUCUCUAAACAACACCCCAAACUUCUGUUUCUCCCUUAUUUCCUUACCUGUGAUGGCAUAACUAUAAAGAAAGCAGACCCUGUGGCUGCGGGGGGCAUGGGUCUACUUCCUCUAUACUGUGUCCUCCUUUCCCCUGAUUUCCUUCUUCCUUAUUUACAUUUUCUCUCUUUUACUCUCAAUCCCUUUCCCUAUUCCCAGCUUCUUUACCAUCCACUUUUAAACCCUCCAGGUUUUCUUCCAUACCUUAACCCUAGCACUUCCCAUACCCAUGCCCUCUUUGUCAUCUCCACAACUUCUCCCUCAGCUCUUCUCUGUGAGUGUGUGCUCUAUGUAUUUGUGUGUGUGAUUGAGUGUAAGUCAGUUUAGUCAUUUGAAAUGCUCACCCAUUUGUUGAACAGGAGAACACUGAGAUAUAUUUCUUACUAUUAUCCACUAGUAUUUCUAGGUGCGUCUAGAGUCAUUUUACUUGCAGUCCAUAGCCAGUUCAGAGGUCACUGUAUUUGUAGAGCUUGCAUUAAUAGCGCAGCUGCUGCUGACUGUACUGGAGGUGAAAUUGGCUUAGAACCACCUUCAAAUGCCCCUGUGUGUAUCAUCCUUACUGUUCUCCUGUUCAAUGAACCAGUCACCAGUGCCAGGAUAUUUUUAUAACCUGGUACUUUCCCAAAUGUAUGCCAAUACUGAACCAACCCAUAUGCCCUGACGGUAGCAUUGUACUUACUGUACAAAGCUACUGUUUUUAGUAGAAUUAGGAAACCAUUGAUCCAGGGAUUAUACCGAUUGCCAUUUUGGAGUCAGGAAGGAAUUUUUUCCCCCUUCUGAAGCAAAUUAGAGGCUGCUUCAGACGGGGUUUUUUUGCCUUCCUCUGGAUCAUCCAAAAAUUAGGUAGGGUUUGUUUGAGCAAAAGGUUGAAUUUGGACACCUUUUUUCAACCAUAAGAUCAAUGCCACACCUGGCUGAGAAAGCUGAUCUGCACCCAUUG